AUGGCCGCCGCCUCUCCGCCGCCUUCCCGCGGCCGGGCCGCGCCCCGCACAGCCGCCACAGCGGCCCCCGGCGGCGCCCCGCGGCACGGCCCGGCCCCACGGCCCCGCCCACGGCCCGGCCCCACGGCCCGGCCCCACGGCCCCGCCCACGGCCCGGCCCCACGGCCCGGCCCCACGGCCCGGCCCCACGGCCCCGCCCACGGCCCGGCCCCACGGCCCGGCCCCACGGCCCCGCCCCACGGCCCGGCCCCACGGCCCCGCCCCACGGCCCCGCCCAUGGCCCGGCCCACGGCCCGGCCCCACGGCCCGGCCCCACGGCCCCGCCCCACGGCCCGGCCCCACGGCCCCGCCCACGGCCCGGCCCCACGGCCCCGCCCACGGCCCCGCCCACGGCCCGGCCCCACGGCCCGGCCCCACGGCCCCGCCCCACGGCCCGGCCCCACGGCCCGGCCCCACGGCCCCGCCCCACGGCCCCGCCCCACGGCCCGGCCCCACGGCCCGGCCCCACGGCCCCGCCCCACGGCCCGGCCCCACGGCCCGGCCCCACGGCCCCGCCCACGGCCCGGCCCCACGGCCCCGCCCACGGCCCGGCCCCACGGCCCCGCCCACGGCCCGGCCCCACGGCCCCGCCCCACGGCCCCGCCCCACGGCCCCGCCCCACGGCCCCGCCCCACGGCCCGGCCCCACGGCCCCGCCCACGGCCCCGCCCCACGGCCCCGCCCCACGGCCCGGCCCCACGGCCCGGCCCCACGGCCCCGCCCCACGGCCCGGCCCCACGGCCCCGCCCACGGCCCGGCCCCACGGCCCCGCCCACGGCCCGGCCCCACGGCCCGGCCCCACGGCCCCGCCCACGGCCCGCGGGCACCGCCGGGCACAGCCCCGGGGCGGCCGGGCUCUCCGUCUGAAACAGCUUAG